AUGCCUAUGGGCGUGGAGGUGUCUGGAGACAGGCUAUUUAUCACCGUGCCCCGGUGGAGGUCCGGGGUGCCAGCCAGCUUGACCUACAUCAACCUAAAAGAUAACUCAACAAUGUCUCCAAAACUGAUACCGUACCCGAACUGGGAAGCACAUACUCCAAGAGCUGACGGCAAGCCAGAGAUAGUAUCCCCCUUUAGAAUACGGGCUGACCGCUGCGACCGUCUUUGGGUGUUAGACAACGGCAAGAUUAACAACUUAGGGAACGGCACGAUGAAAUUCCCUCCAGCUCUUCUAAUUUACGAUCUUAAAACUGACAAUCUCUUACGAAGAUACACUUUCCCACAGGACCAAGUGAAAGAGGAGUCCGGCUUUGUGAAUAUCGCUGUAGAAGACCGCGAUUGCAAUGACACGUACGCAUACGCCGGUGAUGUUGGAAAACCAGGCAUUGUGGUUUACUCAUGGGCGAAGAACGAUUCGUGGCGGAUCACUCAUCAUUUCUUCCAUCCCGAUCCCCUAGCCUGCGAUUUUAGCGUCAAAGGCUACAACUUUACCUGGACCGAUGCAAUAUUCGGCUUGGGCUUAUCCGGACCAAACCCAGACAACUACAGCACACUCUACUUCCAUCCAAUGGCAAGUUACAAUGAGUUCGCGGUCUCCACAGAGUAUUUAAGGAACCAGUCGGUAGCUGACAGCAAUUUUGAAGCGUUCAAAUUACUUGGCAGUAGAGGGCCCAACGCUCAGUCUAGUGCCUCAUUCGUCGAUCCCAAAACGGGUGUUUUGUUCUAUUCCUUGGUCAAUCUGAACGCAGUGGCGUGCUGGAGGACGACUAACAAAAACUACAACAUGAAGAACCAGGGCCGGAUUUUUAUGAACGAUGAAACUAUGAUCUACCCUACUGAUAUCAAAGUUGAUUACAAUGAUAGUCUUUGGAUAUUGUCCAACAGGAUGCCGAUUUGGAUGUACGGAAAACUGGACCCUAACGAGGUCAACUUUAGGGUGUUUUACGCGCCAGUACUGGACGCAAUCAGUCACACAGCUUGUGAUAUCACCCCGAGAUCGGAUAUACUUGAUAAGUUUGUGAAUAAAGUAAAGAAUGUAACAAACAAAAUAGCUGCGAAGAUUAAUCCCAAUUCCAGCGCUGCCACUUCUCCGUUUUCAUUGCUUGCCACUCUGGUCUCAAGCUGGGUUAUAGCUUUGACGAUUUCUUACUAA